GUGACACACUCAGCUCAGGUGGGCUACUAGAAGGACAUAGUUGCAGUAGUAGUUGUCUUCUCUGAGGGGGCCCUGUAAUAACAUGGACCGCACGAACUGAGGGCCCCCCAGGCCAACAAACUGAACCAUAGACGCAAGCACAGACCGCACCAUGGUGGCUGAGGAGGUUAUCAUCACCCUAUCCGGAGGAGCACCAUGGGGCUUCCGACUACAGGGAGGAAUCGAGCACCAGAAGCCUCUACAGGUCGCCAAGGUGCGUAAGCGAAGUAAAGCGUGUCGGGCCGGACUACGUGAGGGAGAUGAGCUGGUGUCCAUCAAUGAGAAUUCCUGUGGGAGUCUGUCGCACGCAGAGGUCAUGAACCUGAUCGACUGCAUGCCAGGAACGCUCCACAUCCGAGUUAGGAGGGCACCGGCUGGCUUCCAGUCGGUGGUUCUUGUUGCUCGAGCUCCUUCUCCCCGCAUUGAUAAAGAGUACCGUGCUGCCCUUAGGGCCAUGUCACCAUCCAGCUCCCGACCUCACCAGUCCAGUGUGCGGCAGAUACACUGUGAACCCCUGAUGUCCCAGACCGGACGCAGUGGACUGACCUCCCCGCCGUGCAGUGAAGCCUACUACGGAGAAACAGACAGCGAUGCAGACGUGGCUGCUCAUGAGAGGCAACGCAAACCAAAGCGACGCAGUCCCAGCAAUUCACCCGGCAAGGCUGCUCGAGCCUCACCAGAGGGAGCAGAGACUUCAGAAAUGAGUGGGUAUGACAGUGCCUCGGAUGCCCAAAUGUACAAUCUUUUGGGGCCUAAUAAGAGGGAAGAUGCAUUGCCUGGUGUAGCCCGCAGAGAAGUGAUUUACCAGCCCCCUCCCCAUGGAGCCUGGUCCUCGCAGACCUCAACGGAGACCUCAUCCAUGAGUGCGGAUGACCAAAACCCACGAGAAGCGCUAAUGGAAGAAGACAGUGGGUUUCAGGAGCCCUCAAACCUUCCCCCUCUGGUUUCUCGAGAAAGAGCCAAAGAAGCUCUUAUGCUGAGCUCUCGUAGUCAGUUGGUUCCCAUGGUUGGUCCAGUUGACAAUCCAGUGGAUGAGGAACUCACGUUAACAUACAUGGAUAAAGCAAAACAAGCAAAAUUGAACCGUGGAGAGACGGCCAUGGACAAACAGGUGAAAGAAGCUCGGUCCAAGUGCCGCACCAUCGCCUCACUACUGACGGAUGCACCAAACCCUCAUUCAAAGGGUGUUUUGAUGUUUAAAAAGCGCAGGCAACGCUCCAAGAAAUACACACUGACCAGCUUUGGAAGUGUUGAUGAGGACAUGAGGCAAGACUCUCAAGAAGAGGAUGGCAUAUUUCCUGGCAGCGAGUCAGAAUUUGAUGAGGAAGGUUUCUCUGCUGCACCGGACCCCACAUGGGACAGCGACUAUCUUGAGAUGCUAGAGAAAAGAUCUGCUUCCAGAGGUCAGGAAGGAGAGGGUGGUGCUCUCAGUCCUGGUUUGAGUGAUACUACUGGGAAGGGGGCACAGUUGUUUGAGCAGCAGAGGAGAAGGGCUGAGGAACAUGCAAAGAAAAUGGAAGCUGCGCAAGAACAGUUACAAAGCCAAAUGCUGGGCGUUGUACUGAAAGAGACACAAUCACUUCCUCAACUACAGACACUGCAACCUCAACCACAACCAAACUUAUUGACAAAGCCCAAUGUCCAGCAACCAUCUGUUGCCCCAAAACCUGCCAGACCUUCAAAACCAACAGAAACACAAAACAUGACACAAAUGAGCCCACCUAAGGCCAUUCCUGCUGUCCCUGUUAUGGUUAGCAGGGAUACUUUAAGCACAAUGGUGCCAGCCCCCUCUGUCUUGCCCCAAACUAAUCCCUCAGUACCUUCUGCUGAAACUGUGAUGGUUCCACCACCAACUCCUCUACCAGAAUUACCUGCCAGCUCUGUGUUAAAUAGAACUGCCCGUCCAUUUGCCCCAGGCUGUGUUAUCAAUCGGGCAGCCACCGCUCCUGUCGUGUUUCGCCCUGCAGUCAGUAGAAAGACACCCAGACCUGUUUCGGUGGCUGUGGUGGUACCAUCAGCAUCAGAAGAGCCUGCCAGGGGUGUCACCCCUGUCUCCUUUGUAAGCCAAGUCACAAUGAAUAAAAUGAGUGAAUAUGUCCCUUCUGAAAUGAUACCUACACCGCCCUUUAUGCCUGGAAAUUCUGUUCCUCCUCCUGCUUCUGUAUCCAUGGAAUCGUAUUCUCAACCUGCUCUUCACUGCUCCUCAGUGGAAAACAUCCAGGUUGCAUCAGUGCCAACUCCCAUAGUUCAAACUAAAGAACCUACCUUUCUUACAAAUGAAAAAACAGCUGUUCCUCCUGCAAUCCCUACUGACAACAUGGUGACAACUUCUGAGACCCCUACAAGCCCUGUUACUUUGCAGUCUCCAAUAGUUUAUCGUGAAAAAAACUCUUCCUCUGGUGGCCGCUCUGGUAUUCUCCAAGAGUCCCAACGCCGUAGUGCAUACAAGCCAAUGUUUAAGAUACCUGACAGCAAGAAGAACUCACCUAACCCUGAAUUAUUGUCUAUGGUGCAGAAUCUAGACGAAAGACCCAGGUGUGUAUAUUCUGAACCUGAAGAUAUUACCCACAACAUUGAUGACAAUAGGACAAGGGUCCCACCGCCUGUGGCUCCUAAGCCACGGGUCAUCCCAGAAAUGUCACAGAUCUCUCAAGCAGAGGGAAAAGGUGCAGAGCUGUUUGCUCGUAGACAGAGUCGCAUGGGUUUGUUUGUUGUAGACUCUCCACAUCUGGAGCCUGCACCUCUACAACCCCAACAAUCCCAAUCAGUCAUAGACUUGGUCCAACCACUGGAACCCUUACCAACUCCAUCCCAAUGGAAGUAUUCCCCUAAUGUUCGUGCCCCUCCACCAAUAGGUUACAACCCCUUGCUGUCUCCUUCCUGUCCUGUUGGGGUUCAGCGCGGAGGUGCUAAGGUGUCUGAGGGAAGUUUCAAAGGAAGUAAGGGGACUUAUGGUUUCCCAAAAGAGGGUAUCAAGGUCUUGGACUUCAUGAGGCGGCAGCCUUACCAACUGAACUCUGCAAUGUUCAGUUCUGGUGGCGGCAUUAGCACGCAGUCUUCAAUCCCCUCCUACCAGAGGCAACAGAAGGAGGGCCACACUCUGACACCACCCAAGCAGAUCCCAGUAAAGGCGGCACGUGUGUAUGAAAUCAAACGCUUCUCCACUCCCACCCCAAUGUCAGCACCAACUCUCAACCCCACAGUGAUUGUACCACGCUCACGGACCACGCUUAGUGAACACUUCUCUCAUUCUGACCUGAGAUCCCCUCCACCUGAACCUGUGACCGAAUCAACUUCAGCACCUUUACGGGCCCCAGGCCUCCCAGAGCUCCCCAAACUUUCAGCUGUCCCCAUCCCUCACCCCAUGCCGUACUCACCCCCAGAUCCCAUGUCAAGUAUGUCAAGCCUAAGCUACUCUGGGUUCCAAGCUGCCAAACAGUUUAAGAGUGCCCCUGAGUUAAGUGCCCUUCCACCCUUAAAGUCUCAUAUUCAAGUUCCCAAACCUCGCUUUAUUGCAACAAGAGGGGGUAUCCAGCCCCGCGUCUGGAGACCUGGAACCCUACCUCACAUUUUGCACGCCUUGGGUUCUUGGUCCAGCCACACAGGUCAAAGGUACUUUGCCUUUUCCUAUUUUCACUGUACCUUUGAGACCACAUCUUGUAAGCAGUCUAGAGCCUUGUCUGGAAUCAUGCCUCGGUUAGGAACACCAGCCCCACCCAACAAGAGGAAAAAGCUUUCCAAGAUCAUCACUGACCUGUCACACAUAACCCAAGAUGAGUAUGAAUCUGAGCCUGAGGCCUCAGAGUUUGACUUGGGGAAGAAAAUCAGGACACCCAAGGACGUCAUGCUGGAGGAACUAUCCCUUCUGAAGAACAAAGGCUCCAAGAUGUUCAAGAUGAGGCAGAUUCGUGUGGAGAAGUUCAUCUAUGAGAACAACCCCGACCUCUUCGGUAGUGAGUCCAUGGAUAACCUCCAGAAGUUCGUGCCCAGCCUAGGGGGUCAGAUGAUGGAUGUUGGUGGCCGGCUGAUUGGUGGACAGAUGGCUGGUCAGGCUGGUGGGGCCGGCAAAGCACCAGUGCCUCCUCCUAAACCCAGAAGCUAUGGCAAGGGAGCAGGGGGUGGGCUGCUAGCAGGUGGGCUCGCUGGAGGAGCGGGAGGGAAGGAUGGUGUGUCAGGAGAUGCCUCACAGAGUGAGGAAAGUGCUCUGGAAAAGGCUAAAAAGAGGGAAACAUAUGGGAGGACAUACAUUUCGCCUUGGGAACGGGCUAUGAAGGGCAAUGAAGACCUUCUAGCCACAAUGAAGGCUCAAAUGCCAGGACCCUAUUCUUAUAAGGAGCUGAGGAAAUAUAAGAGCUUUAACAGGAGUGCUAUGCCCUAUGGGGGCUUUGAGAAGGCCUCUCAGCUCAUGACCUUCCAGCUGCCAGACAUCGAGGUGGCUGUUGAGGAGCCUGAAACAGCAGUGGUGUACCAGCAUGAUGUCGGCUCACGACCAUCCUUUAACCGCACGCCCAUUGGUUGGGGGGGUAGCGCUGAACCAGGCAGCAUUCACAUGGAGUUGGAUACUAUACCAUUUGAUGGGGAGACUGAUGACCUGUGA